CCGCUAUUUCAAAGUACUACCUAGCUACUGUAGGUAUUGAAGCUGUGUUUCCCCUUGCAGGUGGCUGUGGCUCCCAAUUCUCAACGCAAAGCAGCCUGAGUGCUCAAGAAAGGCCAACAUCGACAUGUUGGUAGCAGAACUUACUUGAAGGUUUGAGCUUCGAUAGCAAUAGGCAUUUUUAACGCCUCCAAGAGCGAUAUCUGCCAACUGAUUGCAGAAUCCACCUUCCACAGAUAAUCUCUUAUGACCUAACGAUAUGCUAUGCUGCCCAUGAAGUUGAACAAUCGCCCUUCAUUCAUGGCCGGCUCUUUAAAUAACCUGGUAGCGUGUGCUGACAUUCUCCACUACAUUACCUACGGGGCCUGAUCCCCUAGGAGAGAAAGCACCCGCCUCAGGCCCAUUUCGUGUUUGGCACCAACUCCCCUGAAGGCUGGAAGCUGCCAUUUCAACUACUGGCCACAUCCACAUCCGUUCCGCUUCCCGUCAACUUCCCGCUCACCCACCUCACGUAUACCUUUCUACCUCUUUCAUCGCGAGCUGGCCGGGCCACGGGCUAGUUGCACAUAAUAUUUCUUUGCCUUUCGAGUGUUUAUCACUACGACGAUCUCAAGGAAUCCACGAGACCCCCUUGUAGUUCGCCGCUGCCGCCUCGUCUGCGCUGCCAGCAAAUCAGAUACUGAUUCUUCUCACCUCCCAAACUCGCAGCCGACCCUCGUCCGAGCGAUUCCGUCGCGAAUAUGGCCUCACAACAACUUCCUCAGCUUAACAUCGAUCGAUAUGUUGUCAUCCAUGUUGCGACUACCUGCGACGAGCACGGCGUUUAUGUGACAAAAGACUCGGCCGAAGUAAUUGAGCUUGGUUGGAUCCUGGUCGACGCAAACUCACUUGAGGAGGUGAGAAACACCACCCUGCCCCGGCCAAAAACCCCCCCCAAAAUUUUCCUUGUGUUCCAAAUUCUCCUCCAAAAGCAUUCAAUGCUUCCAUAUAACACACAGAUUGCUGACUAGCCUUGUCACUGCCAGAUUACUCAUGAGAGCGUCCUGGUCAAGCCCGUCAAUACUCCAAUUACGCCCCUCUGCAGUAAGUUUUCUUACGCUAAUGGCUCACCUUUUCCAUUACAUAUGCUCCACGCUGCUCUCUUUCGUCCAGACAAUUGCCCAAAUGCCAAAACCCAAUAUUGCUGGCCUUUCAUGUCGAGGUAAAAUAUUUUAGCUAACCCACUGUUUUCGCAGCGAGCCUGACAACCUUGACUUGGGAGCAUGUUCGAAACGCUGGUACCUUUAGAGACGCUAUCACCCGAUUCGAUACAUUCGCUACCGAGUACUUAACCUCCAAGAACCUCGAUUUCGUCUUCGUCACUCUUGACGCAUGGGACCUCCGUGUUCAGCUGCCUCGCGAAGCCCGCGACAAGGCUGUGGUUCUCCCUCCUUACUUGCAGCACUCACGCACUUUCGAUCUCCGCACCGAGUACCAGCGCUGGCAGCAACACCACCCUGAGUCUCUGCCAUUCGGACCUUCGAUGCUUUCCAACAUUUGCGCCGCUCUCGAAGUUGAGCCCGUCCAGUCGAGUGCUCCGAUUAAGCACAACCUUCCAUUCCACCUCCAGGCUCUUGCCCCUGCCUCGCCACGACGUGCAAUGGAAGAGGCUGUCACUCUUGCCCGAGUCCUCCGGGGGUUGAUUCGUAAGUCGCAGCCUCCCCAGGAGCAUCCCGAUGUCUUGACUCGGCCCAUGGAUGCCCGGGCCGAUGUUCGAGCUUUUCUCUCGGAGAGGAGCAAGGUUCUUCACAUGUCGGGACUUCCCCACGAUACUACUCAGUCCGAGCUCGAAAGUUGGUUCACUCAGUUCGGUGGCCGACCCAUUGCAUUCUGGACUCUUCGAACCCCUGAACAGCAUAAGCCCACCGGCACCGGAUUUGCCGUAUUCUCUUCUCAUGAGGAGGCCGCUGAGAGCCUUUGUAUGAAUGGUCGUGCCCUUAAUGAGAAGGCCAUUGAGGUCUCGCCCUCCUCCAGCCGUGUCCUCGACCGCGCUCAGGACAUACUGACUCCGUUCCCUCCUAGCAAGAACCGCCCUAGGCCUGGUGACUGGACCUGCCCUUCUUGCGGGUUCUCCAACUUCCAGCGUCGAACUGCUUGCUUCCGAUGCUCGUUCCCUGCUGUCGGCGCCGGCCCUUCGAACGAUAUGGGCGGCGGCAACAACAAUUACGGUGGUGGAUAUGGUUACGGACCUCCUGCUAUGAUGCCCCCCCCUCCUCAUGGUGGUCACCACGGGCCUAUGGGUCAUGGCGGUGGUCGUAUGGGCGGUAGCGGUGUGGUGCCUUUCCGUGCCGGUGACUGGAAGUGUGGUAACGAGGUCUGUGGCUACCAUAAUUUCGCGAAGAACGUUUGCUGUCUUCGAUGUGGUGCCAGCCGCGCAGGCGCAGCUGUUGUUGCUGAUUCUGGAUACCCUUCUCCCAUGGACAAUGCCUCUCAGUACGGGAUGAACCAGGGAUCCAUGGGAGGUGCUCCAGGACCCGGACCUUUCGGCUCUGGUAGCUCCUUCGGGGGCUCUGGUGGUGGCUACAAUCAACAACACUUUGGAGGCCCUCCCAGCCACUACCUUCCCUCGGGUCUCGGAGGUGGUGCUGCCGCUUACCCUAGCUCCCUGAACACUCACGGCAGUUUUGGAUCUGGACCUGCUUCCCAUGCGGCUGGCCCUUUCGAUAGUCGUGCUGCUGAGGCUGCGUUCCAGUCAGCCACCAAUGGGCCUGCAUCUGGUGGGCCAUCUAACAACUUUUAUAACAAUAACGCCAACAACAACGGUGGCAAUACCGAGAACGACCCCUUUGCUUUCCUUUCCAGCGGCAUUGGAGGACUUUCAGUUAGUGGAGGAGAUGGCCGUCAGAACGGUGGUUCUGCCCCUCCCAACAAGUCGCCUGCUUAAACAGUAAAAGACUGUUACAGCCGAUCCGCUGUGUAUUUCCUGGGUCACCCUUCCAUGUAUAUGGACCCGGGUGAUACGUGCCGCUUUAUUUUUUCGCGAAAUUUCUUUGAUGACGAACAUAGAACACUUGUGACUGCAAACCCUGUGCAAUCAGAUCUAUCAAAGGAAAGGUGGAACGGUGUGUGUAUUGGUUCGGAAGGUCUGGUCGGAGUGACGGAUAAUUGAUUAUAAGGCGGGAUGUGUUACAAAAUUUCAAAGGUUGGGAAGACAAAAGUGACUUGCUUACUUUGCUGGGACCAGGGCCUCCUUUCUCUGGUGUUGCCGGUUGAGUCCAUAUGGUACGGGCUUUGCUUACUGGGGCCGCUGUCUGUUUUAUGUUUCACAAGACUGGAGACGGCAUGUUGCGGCUUUUCUUUCCUCCUCUUGCCAUGAGGGCAAAGGAAGAUCCGUAGAGCUGUUGGCGAUCUGGUCUAUGGUCUCUGGGCUUCAGGGGCUGGUGGUGGUAUUGCUGGAAAACGGUUACGGGGUUGGGUGCAUAGCGAAGGGGAGUGUGUAAGGAUAUUUCUUGGCCUUUGUCUGACUCAGUUAUCCAGUUCACACAAAGUCGGCGGCUCAUUACCCGACAAACUAACUGUUUUUCUCUAUUGCCUGUCUCUCAUAUCUACCCUCAUCUUCUGUUUUUACCGCUGUCACUCAUUCUCUCCCAUAUGAGUUUGACAUUGUCUUUCUCACGUUGCUCAGUUGUCUUGAUAAUCUCUGCAUCUUUCUAUCUUCAUCUGAUUUUGCUUGGGACGCGCAGGUGCUGGGGAGCAGGAUGGGGUGGCUAAUAGGAACCUAAGCCACGGUAGGGAGGAGUCGGGGUGUCAAAAUGGAUGUUAUGUCCCAUGGGCUGGCUAAAGCUGCAUCUUUGCUGUUCACAGGAGCUGACGAUGUGGCAGUAUGUCGCCAGUCCUACCUAGGUACUAUCUGGAUUCCUUACAGUUCUACUAGGGACUAUGGCUUUGUCUACACAAUAGGGUUCAGAAACUUGGCUGGGCAAGAUCGAUUAGGCCGGCUGCUAUGGCCGUUGGAGGUUGUCAUUUAUUUCGUCUACAUAUUGUAUUUCUUCCUCUCAUUGAACUACCCUCUCAUGAUCGAUAGGUAAUUCUUUAGACAUCAACUCUCCCUGCUUUUCACAUUAUGUCUUGCAUACUAGAUCAAUAUAGGAUGCUCAAGAAGUACUUUGACUUAUAACCUCUUAUUUUCUCCUUUUUCCUUCCAUUGGAGGCCAGCCAAUGAUGGGUCCAGAAACAAAAGAAGGUGACUGAUC